CACGGCCUCAACUUGACUUGUAAAGUCUACGCUCGUUUUCCAUACAACGCCGCCAGCCAUUUUGCUUCAUAAAGAAACACCAAAUCAACAUUUCAAAAACAUAUCCACCAUAUGCUGCUGGUGCCUUAUCCACCUCUUUUUCCUAUCAACCUGCCGGAAAAACAAGAACCUCAAUGGCCUUCACUCCCUGUUUUCACUUCUUUGUCUUGUCCCUUUUCGCCAUUUUCAUUCUUGUUCAAGCAAGACUAAAUCUUUAUCCACCAGACCAUGCUGCACUUUUGCUUAUCCAAAAAGACUUGGGAAUCAAUAGUCAACGCAUUGCUCUUCACAACCCCUGCAACUCUGCAGGAAUAUCCUGCGAACGCCGACCAGCUAACAGAACACAAGUGUUGAGAGUCACCCGUAUUGUAUUCAGAUCCAAUGGAUUGAAUGGAAUUUUGUCUCCAGCAAUUGGCAAACUUUCUGAGCUCAGAGAGCUCUCUCUUCCAAACAACCAACUCUUUGAUCAAAUCCCAGUUCAGAUUCUUGACUGUCGGAAACUGGAGAUUCUUGAACUUCAAAACAACCUAUUUUCUGGGAAAGUUCCAUCUGAAUUAUCAUCUUUGAUUCGUCUUCGGAUAGUUGACUUUUCCUCAAAUGAGUUCUCUGGGAAUCUUAACUUCUUGAAGUAUUUUCCGAAUUUAGAAAAACUCUCCCUGGCUGAUAACAUGUUCACUGGAAAAAUACCCCCUUCUUUGAAAUCUUUCAGGAAUCUACUUUUCCUCAACAUUUCAGGAAACAGUUUCCUUGAAGGUCCGGUGCCUGUCAUGAGUCAAGUUGAACACUUGUCAGCAGAUCUGAACCGAAACAACAUCGUUCCCAAGCGUUACAUUCUUGCUGAAAAUUCUACAAGGCCAAAUCAGAUAUCAGCAAUGGCACCUUCUUCUUCCAAUUUAGAAAAUGCCCCAGCUCCAGCACCCAGUCAUGUUGUACCGGGACAUAAAAAUAAACGUAACAAGAAGAAAAGGAAGGUAAGAACGUGGUUUCUUGGUUUCCUGGCUGGAACUUUUGCUGGGGGUAUAUCUGCUGUGCUUUUUUCGGUGGUCUACAAGCUGAUAAUGUUCAUUGUCAGAAGGGGAAAGAAUGAUUCAAGAUUAACAAUAUACAGUCCAUUGAUCAAGAAAGCCGAGGACUUGGCCUUCUUAGAGAAAGAAGAUGGAGUAGCAUCACUUGAAAUGAUCGGAAAAGGUGGCUGUGGAGAAGUUUAUAGAGCUGAAUUACCAGGAAGUGAUGGGAAGAUGAUAGCUAUAAAGAAGAUUAUACAACCUCCAAUGGAUGCUGCAGAUCUUACUGAGGAAGAUACCAAGGCUUUGAACAAGAAAAUGCGCCAAAUAAAAUCGGAAAUUCAAAUUGUGGGUCAAACCAGACACCGGAAUCUGCUUCCGCUACUGGCGCAUAUGCCAAGACCAGACUGCCAUUACUUGGUCUAUGAAUAUAUGAAAAAUGGGAGCUUACAGGACAUCCUCCAGCAAGUCACAGAAGGGACAAGGGAAUUAGAUUGGUUGGGACGACACCGAAUUGCAUCAGGGAUAGCUGCUGGGCUUGAGUAUCUCCAUAUGAACCAUAGUCAACGCAUAAUUCACAGAGAUCUAAAGCCAGCAAAUGUCCUUCUUGAUGAUGAUAUGGAAGCUCGAAUUGCUGAUUUUGGCCUUGCAAAGGCAGUUCCAGAUGCCCAUACACAUGUUACGACUUCAAAUGUGGCAGGAACUGUGGGAUAUAUUGCACCAGAAUACCAUCAGACACUGAAGUUCACGGACAAGUGUGAUAUAUACAGCUUUGGUGUGGUGCUUGCAGUGCUGGUAAUCGGAAAACUUCCAUCAGAUGAAUUUUUCCAGCACACGUCUGAGAUGAGUUUAGUGAAGUGGCUGAGAAAUGUAAUGACUUCUGAUGACCCAAAAAGAGCAAUUGAUGCAAAGCUGAUGGGAAAUGGAUACGAGGAGCAAAUGCUUUUGGUUCUCAAGAUAGCUUGCUUUUGUACUCUGGACAAUCCAAAGGAGAGGCCUAACAGUAAGGAUGUUAGGUGCAUGUUAACUCAGAUCAAGCAUUAAGUAUGCACAUCUUAAGGCAUACUGAAUAAGUUGGUUAUGUAACUAAGAAUAUGUUAUGUAUUUCAGUUACCAUCUCCAAGAUGGAGACUUUGCAAUUCGAUGUUUUGCUGUAAUUGUGUUAUACAUGUCAAUCCAAUCUGUUUAAUGCA